UUAGAGUGUGGGAGAGAAGAAACAGGUGGAGAGAAUUUUGGGGCGGUUGGUGGCGAAGAGGAGGAAGGACGAAACGAUUGGAUUUGGGAGUGAGCCUUCAAUUUCAUGAAAGAAUGAGAGAUUAGAGAUUAGAGAUUCGAGAGGACCACAUGGAAUGAAAUGGGAUGGGACGUGAUGGGGGAUGGGAUGCUCCUCCACGCGCGAAGCAAAGGAAUUGGAUUUGGAAAACCGACGAUUCUGAGUAAAUUUAGUGCGCAACAGCCGCUAAACGCUACCCCUGUCCAGAUUCAUCCAUUAUUUCUCUCUCUCUUCCCUCAAAUCCUGCCCCUUCUUCCCCAUUCGAUCUAUCGCAGCCUCAUCACUUCUCCUCUUCUGGAAGAACGACACUCUGAAAUGUCUGCUGUGGGAAAUGGAAAUAAUAUCUUCUGGCACGAUUGUCCUGUCGGAAAGGCUGAAAGGGAGAAGCUUCUCAACCAAAAAGGCUGUGUUGUCUGGAUCACAGGCCUCAGUGGAUCAGGAAAAAGCACAGUAGCCUGCUCAUUGAGUCGGGAACUUCAUGGAAGAGGGAAGGUUUCGUAUGUGCUAGAUGGAGACAACCUUCGGUAUGGAUUAAACAAGGAUCUUGGUUUCAAAGCUGAAGAUCGUGUUGAAAAUAUUCGCAGAGUUGGGGAAGUAGCAAAACUUUUUGCAGAUUCUGGUUUAAUAUGUAUUGCUAGUUUGAUAUCUCCAUAUAGAAAAGAUCGGGAUUCCUGUCGUGCAUUGUUGCCCGAAGCGUGCUUUAUCGAGGUUUUCAUGAACAUGCCUCUGGAAUUAUGUGAGGCAAGGGAUGCAAAGGGCCUUUACAAACUCGCCCGAGAAGGAAAAAUCAGAGGUUUUACCGGGAUCGACGACCCCUACGAACCUCCUCUGAACUGCGAGAUUGAACUGAGACAGAAUGAUGGAGUUUGCCCGACUCCAUGCGCCAUGGCAAAGCAGAUAGUGGCUUAUUUGGAGGAGAAGGGAUUUCUUCAAGCUCAGUGACAUGCUCUGCUUGCAAAACUCCUCCGCCGUUGCCUCGACUGCUCGUUGGCUCCGUCGAAUGGUUCGAACACUGAUGGCAAAUAUGGUAAAAAAGAAUAGACUGAUAGGCAAUAAGUACAUAAUAUAAUGUGAAGUUGAAGUUCCUAGAACAAGGAAUACAAGAUGAAUUUUAGAUGACAAUGUAAAUCUGAUAUCGCUGGAAAGAAGUAUUGUAGUAGAGAUAGAUGAUGCUGAUUUUAUGAAAUUGCUCUCACUAAUUCGUUCAGUUAAGUUACGUAAUGUAUAUUGGAAUGGUUACGGAGUUGUGGCUUGGUUUUA